AAAUUUCGCAGGCGUCGCAUUGCCAGUGUUUUCGGUCAUUCAGUUGCCUUAUCGACGGCCAUCGGGUUGGGUGUAUCUACACUUGUAUUUUUUCCUUGUUUUUUCCGGUGAUCACAGUCGCAAGUGCGGUUGGAGAAAUGGCAGCCACAUCCUUGGCCGUGAUUAUGGUGAUGAUGGCCCUGUGGGCACCUUCGGAGGCUGCCGACAAGGAGGGCUUUCCCGUGUCCAUCAUCCACAUUAACGACCUGCACGCGAGGUUCGAGGCCACGGACACCUCCGGCGGAACCUGCGACGACGGCGAGGCAUGCAUCGGCGGCUAUCCACGCACGGUCUACACCGUGAGGCAACUGCUCCGGGAGCAGGCGGAGCUCAAUCCCAUCUACAUCAACGCCGGCGACAGCUUCCAGGGGACGCUUUGGUACAACAUUGGCCGCUGGAACGUCACCCAGCAGCUCCUGAACCUCCAGCCCGCCGACGCCAUGACGCUGGGCAACCACGAGUUCGAUCACGGAGUGGAAGGAGUGGUGCCCUUCCUGGAGACGGUGGACACCAACAUGCUGGUGGCCAACAUGGACUGCGCCCAUGAGCCGACCAUGGAGGGCAAGUACAACAAGUCGAUGAUAAUCGAGCGCUCGGGUCGCAAGAUUGGCCUGAUCGGCGUUAUUCUGGAGACGACCUACGAUCUGGCCAACACCGGCAAGGUGAUCUUCCGGAACGAGAGUGACACCAUCCGCGAGGAGGCGCAGCUGCUGAAGGCCCAGGGUGCCAACAUAAUCAUCGUGAUCUCGCACUGCGGCUACGACGUGGACAAGGAGAUCGCGGCCAACGCCGGCGACUGGAUCGACGUCAUCGUGGGCUCCCAUUCGCACACCUUCCUCUACACCGGAACUCCGCCGGGUCCGCACAACCCCGCCGGGGACUACCCCACCGAGGUGGUCCACAGCUCCGGCCACCGCGUCCUCAUCGUCCAGGCAUCGGCCUACGCCCGCUACGUGGGCAACCUGAUCGUCUACUUCGAUGACAACGGCGACGUGCUGGACUUCGAGGGCAAUCCGCUUUACAUGGACCAAUCCGUGCCCGAAGAUGAAACCGUUCUGCAGGCUAUGGCGCCGUGGCAAGAUGUGAUGGAACCCUUCGCCAAUCGAAUCGUGGGUCAGAGCAGGGUCUUCCUCGAGCAGAGCACGUGCAACCGAGGCGAGUGCAAUUUGGGGAACUUAUUCACGGAUGCUAUUCUUCAUGCGUUCGUCAAGGAUGCAUCGUACCUGGGAGACAGCUGGAGUAACGUGACCAUUGCCCUGACAUCGCCGGGAACAUUCCGAGUGCCCAUUUCAGUAGGCAACAUUACCUACAAGCAGCUGUUUGCCAUGUGCCCCUGGCAGAACCGGUUGAUCGCCCUAACUCUCCAGGGAAAGCACAUUCUGGAGCUGCUGGAGAACGGAGUGGCGUCCAUGAAUCCCAGCUCCUCUUCGCCGCGAUCCUCUCGAUUGAUGCAGGUUUCCGGGCUUCGGGUCGUCUUCGAUCUCAACGCCAGCGUUGGCCAGCGCGUAUCCAGUGUCCGAGUUCGGUGCUCCAAGUGCCAAGUGCCCGCGUACAAGCCACUCGAUCUGGAAGAGAAGUACCGCGUGGUGGUCAUGGACUACCUGGCGAAUGGCAAGAACGGUUUCGGUGUAAUCAGCGAAAAUGCCGAGGAUCUUGAGAUUGGUCCUUUCGAUUUGGACGCCUUGAUCGACUACAUGAGCGCCGUGGGACCCAUUACCACUGGAAUCGAGCAAAGGAUUCAGUUUAUAAAUCGUUAAAUCUUUGCUCCAGUUAUGCCCGUUCUAUCAGCAUUGGCAAUAUGUAAAAUCUAAGACAUUUUGAUGUAUUUGAAAAAAAUAUAUAUUGUUUUGUGGUUUCAAAAGUUUUGG